UUCCCAGCCAUUUCACACAACAGUGAACCAAAGAGACAAACUGUGAGAGUGACCAGGAGAGGAGCAACAAACAGGCCAGCAGCCCUUGCCCUGGGCAGUCUACUAGUAGUGCCAUCUCCACUGACUUCUGGGACUUGUUGGUAAAACUUGACAACAUGAAUGUCAGCCGUAAAGGCAAAAAUUCCAUCAGGUCUGUACCUAUGAGCACUGGUGGUGAGGGGGAGACAUUUCCUUACAGUCUUGAGGCCUCACCACUGGGGCAGCUCAUGAACAUGUUGUCACACCCAGUCAUCCGACGGAGCUCCCUCUUGACUGAGAAACUUCUCAGACUCCUGUCUCUCAUCUCCAUUGCUCUCCCAGAAAACAAAGUGACAGAAGUACUGGCUAACCAUGGCACUAGUAGUUCUGCCCCCUCUACUGCUGUCACCACAACUUCUACCACUGCUUCCACUACCACCACCACCACAGCUGCCACUGCUCCUUUCACACCUAUUCCUGCCCUAGAUGUAACUGGGGCUUCUGAAUUGGCAACUUCCACUGCUGUUUCAAUUACUAAUACUAAGAACAUCAAAUCCCCAGCAAAGUCUGGAGAAGGGGGAAGUGGUGGCAGUGCUGACAAGAUAGUGGCAUCAGGCCUAACAGAAAACCAGCUCCAACUCUCUGUAGAGGUAUUGACAUCACACUGCUGUUCAGAGGAGGGUCUGGAAGAUGCAGCCAAUGUCUUGCUACAGCUGUCUAGGGGGGAUCCUUUGACCCGAGACACCGUAAUCAAGCUGCUUUUGAAUGGUGCCAAACACCUGGGUUGCACUCUCUGCAAGCAAAUUGGAACCCUUCUGGCUGAACUUCGAGAAUACAACGUAACACAGCUACGUGGAACCCAUUGUGAGACUCUUUCUCCAGAUGGUCUACCUGAAGAACAGCCACAAGCCACUAAGUUGAAAGGAAAGAUGCAGAGCAGGUUUGAUACUGCUGAGAAUGUAGUGAUAGUGGCCUCUCAAAAACGCCCCUUAGGUGAUCGGGAGCUCCAGCUACCUUCUAUGUCCAUGCUGACAUCCAAAACAUCCACCCAGAAGUUUUUCCUGCGAGUGCUACAGGUCAUCAUCCAACUUCGGGAUGAUACUCGAAGGGCCAACAAGAAAGCCAAGCAAACUGGCAGGCUAGUUGCUUCUAGCCUGGGCUCGGCUAGCAGCAUCCAGGCAGCUGGAGGCUGAGGCUGAUGCCAUUACACAAAUGUCGGAGUCAGGACAAUCAGAGGUUUCUGCCCGAAGAGAUGAAUCUCCCAUGGAUGUAGACCAGCCGUCCUCUGUCACUCAAGAUGUGCAGCCUGUUGGCUCUGAAGGACCUCAACAGGGAGAGAAGGAAAAAGAGGAAAGGCCCCCCAGACCUUCCAUUACUAAGUGAACAGUUGAGCCUGGAUGAACUUUGGGACAUGCUCGGUGAAUGUUUGAAAGAACUAGAGGAAUCCCAUGACCAGCGUGCUGUAUUGGUACUACAACCUGCUGUUGAGACUUUUUUUCUAGUACAUGCCACUGAGCAAGAGAACAAGCCACCUGUAAGGGACACCCGUGAGAGCCAGCUUGCCCACAUCAAAGAUGAGCCUCCACCACUUUCUCCUGCCCCUUUAACCCCUGCUGCUCCUUCGUCCCUGGACCCAUUCUUCUCCAGGGAACCUUCAUCUAUGCAUAUCUC